UCUAUUGUUCGAGAAUCCAUUUGAGCGAAAGUCCAUUUGUUUGAUUAGAACAGAAUGUCUUGUUGUUGACAGUCUGUAUUCAAGUAGAAUACAGACUAAAUGUUUUAUCAGAAGUAUAGCGUUAAAGAAGAUGCAGACUUUCAAGACAGUGAAGAAAAAACGGGUGCGGUUUACAACAUCCUCUCCACAGACGUGUCCUCUUCAGAGGUCUCCUUCAGUGGCAUCCGGAGACGCACACAUAGCUUCUAGUAACCCUUCUGAAUGUGCUCCAGAAGUUCUCACAGUUGAGGUACAGCACAUCCUCAGAAGAAGAGGUCCUGCUGUACCUCCCACCAUAAUUACAGGUCCUAAUGUCACGUCUGGAAUUGCUCCAGAAAUUCUUGUGGCUGACGGAGAUCACCUCACCAGGGGCAGAGGUCCUACUCCACUCACUGUUCCCACAAAUUCACCUGCUUCGAAGAAAACGCCACGACAGUUGGCCUCGACGUUUCAUUGCAGAACUGAUGCACCUUUUAUAUACCCGAAUGAUUACACUGAAUACCAGGCUGCCUUCGUUGCCAAGGAAAAUCGGACCUUUCUGUUGCCACCCAAGAUGUGCCAUGCUCCACAGACACUCACUCGUCAGGCUGUUAAAAACAAAGAGCUAGAGCCCAGUGUAGUGCAGCAGAGGAAGACUUUUGGAAAUGCUCUGGAUCACAACAAGCGCCACGCUCCUGCUCGGCCCACUGGCUCCCGAAAAAAACGUGUGUUGCAACCGGUCCAGCAGGAGACUGUGCAGUGUAUAUUACCUCAUGGAGCUUGUGUAGACGCAUCAUGGACUGAGUGGGUGACGAAUUAUAAGGAAAACUUUUAUUUUUCACAUAAUGCCUGCUCCUCGUCUUCGCCGAGAAAAUCUGCACCCCGUCCGCCCUCAAACCUUAGGAAGCUUAGACCUGCUACUCAACGCACUGAAUACCAGGCUGCAUUCGGUCCUAAGGUCCUCUCUGCUAAGUUUGACUUCCGUCUGUUCAUACAGCUCCAUGGAAACGGGUCAAAGUAGGUCGCCUGGGGCCAAAUGUAAAAUUACGAACAGCCUUCACAAAGAAUGACAAGUAUUUUUCCAUUUAAUAUGAGGACACCUCAUCUCGGAUCAGCUUGAAUCCCGACGAGUCCAAGAGAAAAAAACUCUCCAUGACCCUGAGAAGAGAGGGGUGGUGUACUCUCUCUCCUUCAUCAAACACACCGACAAUAACCAGCUAUGGCCUCUGUGGGCUCAUGUGGGCAGAGCUGUGAGCAGACAAACUGAGAAUAACAUGAGGAAAAUCAGAGUUUGUGAAUCCUGGAAGUGAUUGUUGAUCUUGAAGGUGGCUUGAACGAUGGGUCGGAAUUGGCAAUCCUGAUCACUUCUUUCAGGCCCUGGUCAGCAACGAUGUUGAUUGGACAGCAGUCCUUGGCAAUCUGGCUGACGUUUGUCUUCUCACACGCCAUAUACACUGAUCCAGUGUGGGUUGUUGCACACUAAUUGAUUUGCUAGUAGAACCUGUGAUGUGUUUUGUUUUUAAAUUCUAUUUUAAACUCUUAUGAGCUUCGAUGGUAGGCCAGUACUUGAUUACAGUGUUUGCACAAAACUUUGCAUUUAUCCAGAGUGCCAUCCAGUUUUCUUUUAAAAGAGUAAAUUCUGCCAACCUGAGUUAUUGGUGCUUGUGCCACUGUUGUGCCGAGCCCAAAUAUCAUCCAUGUGACGUGAAUUAUGUUAAUGAUGCACCUUUGUCUGUUUCAGUAAUUUAUUUGCAGGAUUUGUGUUAAAUAAUUUUAACACCAUAAGGAUGUUGUAUUAAUUGGAGAGCGCUAAUGUAAUCACACUAAUAAUUUUAUUCUUUUUAACACUUAGUUAACACAUAGUUUAUUCAUAUCUACACAUUUAUAUAUCAUUUCAUUAUCCUUUCAUCUUUUUUAUCUGCCCCGGACACCUGCUUGAAUUGGCUGUGGCAUUCAAGCAAGGAAAGGUUGUUAAAUGGCCCAAAGUGUGCAAAAAAACAUUCCUCUGACUCAACCGUCUGGGUGCCUGAACAGAAAUCAGACCAGGCUACGUUUUUGCAGUCUUCAUCUUGUUUCAUCUUCCACUUUUUCCAGUGCGCACUACACAAUCAACUUUCUGUUCUUAGUUGAAAGAAGUGAAACCUGAUGUGUUUUUGCUGUUGUAGCUAGACCAUCUGCCUCAAUAUUUGUUGUGCAUUCUGAGAUGCUUUUCUGUUCAUCACAAGUGUACAGAGUGGUUAUCCUGUAUCCUUUCUGUCCGCUUGAACCAGUCUGGCCGUUCUUCAUUGAUCCUUCUCAAUAGAAAUGUCACCCAGAGUUAUUGCAGCAUUCUGAAUAAGCUCUAGAGACUGUUGUUUGUAAAAAUCCCAGGCAGUUCCUGUCUACUAGCAACCAUCACAACAUCAGAAUGACUUAGAUCACAUUUUUCCCAUUCUGAUAUCAUGCAGUGUAUAUCAUGAUCAUGAGACAUUCAGUAUAACUUCAUACAAGUGAAGACGAUUCCACGGCCAUUACUGCAGAGAGCAUGAGGGAACGGAAAAGGAGGGAAAAUCAUUAGUGUUGCAAAACACAAAUAAAGUUCCCAACCCUUCUUUACCUGAAACAGU